AUGUUGUUGGUGUUCGGCGGAUACGAUGGCUGUGACUACGUGAACGAAAUCCACAUGCUCGACUUAGGGUUUGUAGACACGAUCGAAUGGGUGCAGGUGCCUCCAAUCUCGGGCAAGCCUCCGCCCCCCAGAGCCUACCAUGCUGCCACCUUCCACGACUCCCGGGUCUUUGUGUUCGGGGGCUGCGAUGAUGAAGCGUGCCACUCCGACAUGCACCUUCUCGACCUCGGCGUAACGAGCUAUCUCAGCGUGCCCCCGUCGGAGCGCUCCCGAUACACGCCCAGGAACUCCUUCAGCACCCCCACCACCACUCCGCGAACCGGUUCUGCCGCUACGCCUCGCCUCAAGGAGCCCUCCUCCUCCGCUGGCUUGCCCGACUCGUCGUGA